UUGAUAAAAAAAAAAAAAAAAAAAAAAAAAUAGAGAAGAAAAAAAGUUGUCCAUUUUCUGUCAACCUGCGAGCAACAACGACGGUGUGAAGGCUUCCGAAUUGCUCUUUUGCUGGACUGUCGCCGGAGGUAGUGCAAAAGGCAUUGUUGAAUCCGGAGCACCAUCUAUUGUAUGGAUUCCUUUCAAGUUUCUUCCAAUCCGAACUCCGGUCGGGGCCUAGCAAGCCUUUAGGGUUCGUUGGAGUUCCGAUCCUAUCCGAGCUCACUCUGAUCGAUAAUGUUUGCGGAAUAAAGAAACUGGCGUUUAUUCUUGUCUCCGCCCCUUUCGCAUUUGAGACGAGGAUUCCCGCCUUCUAUAAUGCUUCUUGAAACAAAGAAUUUCCCCAAACUAUAAUGCUUCUUCAACUUCAGAGAGACCGCCUUCUCUCAACUCCAACCGCCAUUAAACCCUCACAAAACUCUCUCAAUCAAAACAGCUUUGAACAAAACUACAGGCAAAUUUGCAACCUUCUUCUUUCCUUUACCCAUUCCCGAUCACUCGUUAAAGGCCUCCAGCUCCAUGCCCACAUCGUUAAAUUCGGAUUACAAACCAUUCCUCUCGUUUCCCAUCAUCUAAUCAACUUAUACUCCAAAACCCAAUUACCACUUUUUUCUCUGCAGGUGUUUGAUGAAGCCCCGAGGAAAUCUUCCACCACUUGGAGCUCUGUUAUCUCUGCUUUUGCCCAAAAUGAGGCCCCAUUGCUUGCCCUUGAGUUCUUUCGACAAAUGUUGAAUGUUGGGAUUCGCCCAGAUGAUCAUAUUUAUCCUAGUGCCACUAAGGCUUGUGGGUUUUUGUGUCGGUGUGAUGUUGGGAAAUCUUUACAUUGUCUUGUUGUGAAAACUGGAUUUGAUUGUGAUCUGUUUGUUGGAAGUUCGUUGGUGGAUAUGUAUGCGAAAUGUGGAGAGAUUGGGGAUGCUCGUCAUAUGUUCGACGAAAUGCCUGAGAGGAAUGUAGUGUCUUGGAGUGGGAUGAUUUGUGGGCAUGCUCAAUUGGAUGAGAGUGUCGAGGCAUUGACAUUGUUCAAGCAAGCUUUGGUUGAGGAUGUUGAUGUUAAUGACUUCACAUUCUCGAGUGUGAUUCGUGUUUGUAGCAGCUCCACACUUCUUGAAUUGGGGAAGCAGAUUCAUGGAUUGUGCUUGAAGAUGAGCUUUAAUUCCUCGAGCUUUGUUGGGAGUGCUUUGAUUUCUUUGUAUUCCAAGUGCGGGGUUAUAGAAGGGGCUUAUCAAGUUUUUGAUGAGAUACCCACCAGAAAUCUUGGCCUGUGGAAUUCAAUGCUGAUGGGCUGCGGUCAACAUGGUCAUACAGAGAGAGUGUUUGGUUUAUUUGAAGAAAUGGGAAGUGCGGGGAUGAAACCAAACUUCAUUUCUUUUUUAUCUAUCCUCUAUGCUUGUAGCCAUGCAGGAUUGGUCGAGAAGGGACGAGGAUACUUCAAUUUAAUGAGAGAUUAUGGGAUUGAACCAGAAGCUCAGCACUAUGCCUCUUUGGUGGACUUGCUUGGGCGAGCUGGAAAGUUACAGGAAGCUGUUUCUGUGAUCAAAGAAAUGCCAAUGCAACCUACUGAAUCUGUUUGGGGAGCUUUGUUAACAGGGUGUAGAAUCCAUAAAGAUACAGAAAUGGCAGCUUUUGUGGCUGAUAGAGUAUUAGAACUAAAUAGUACUAGCUCAGGUUUACACGUUUUGUUAUCUAAUGCAUAUGCUGCUGCUGGAAGAUAUGAAGAAGCGGCCCGGAUGAGGAAAAUGCUGCGUGACCGAGGAGUGCAGAAGGAGACUGGUUUGAGUUGGGUUGAGGAGGAAAACAAAGUUCACACGUUCACUGCAGGUGAUAGAUCUCAUGCUAAAUGGGAAGAGAUUUAUAAGAAACUGGAAGAGUUGGAGGAGGAAAUGGAGAAAGCUGGCUAUGUUGCAGAUACGAGUUUUGUGCUGCGAGCAGUCGAUGGUGAGGAGAAAAGCGAGACGAUUCGGUAUCACAGUGAAAGGCUAGCCAUUGCUUUUGGACUCAUUACAUUCCCACCUGGAAGACCUAUAAGAGUUAUGAAGAAUUUGCGUGUUUGUGGUGAUUGUCACGCUGCAAUAAAGUUCAUGUCCAAAUGCUCGGGGAGGAUUCUCAUUGUUAGAGAUAACAAUAGAUUUCAUCGGUUUGAGGAUGGAAAAUGCUCAUGUGGUGACUAUUGGUGAUUGAUAUGUAAUUUAAGGAGCAGCUCUCAAUCUACGACAUGAGCAAGUUACUCCCUCAUGCUUGCAAUUGGAGAAGCAAAAAUACUCUCGGAUAACCAUUUCAUUUUUUAUUUUUGAAAAUUAAGCCUAUUUUCUCUUAAUCUUAAAAUGAUUAGUAUAUUCUUAAGUAAAGAGUUGAAUUUUAAGCCAAAUUCCAAAAACAAAAACAAACUUUUAAAAACUAGUUUUUAAGUUUUCAAAUUUUAGCUUAGUUUUUGAAAAUAUUGGUAAAAAGCAGAUAACAAACUAUAAAAUUUAGAAGCGGAAUGAGUGUUUAUAGGCUUAAUUUUCAAAACAAAAAAACUAAUGGUUACCAAGCAAGAUCUUGGAUUGUUCAAACUCAUCUCAUUGCAAUUAUGCCAUUUUCAGAUCUUAUAGAAUGCUAUGAACAUGCCCCUGAAUUGGAAGACAAUGUUCAAGGCGGAACUAUAAGACCCUAUUCAUUUCUGAAGCUUGGGUUGUUCUAAAUCCUAUGUUGCAAUGCUUCGAAGGAAUCGUUACAGUUAACGACUAGCUAGUUCCGCCUAAAAACGACAGCAGACGCAACAUAGGAAUCUCACGGUUCAAACUCAUGGAGGAGACUGUGGGUUAAGUUGACACAUUUCUUUCACCCACUUACUAUGGACUAUUUUCCUCAUUCACCUUGUUAUUGACCCAUGCAAACACUUUCGAAUGGAGCAGUUGCGCUAAAAGUGAUACGAAGCCAAGCAUGGAUCUCACUGUGUGAACUCUUGAGGACGUGAGAGUUAAAAAUGAUAUAUCGAAUAUAUUGUUAAUCUCCUACUGAAGUGUUUUAAAUGUUUGAGUAUUCUUUUAAUUAGGUUUGUUCCGACUAUUUAAACAACCUAAGUCUAGGUGUUUAUCCAAGUAUAACAUUUAUAUUUGGAUUUAACCUACAAUGUCUAGGUGAUAAACCAGUUUUAAAACCUCACAUCGUUCAUGUAUUGCUCAUAAAACUAGUUGAUAACGCUCAAUUAUUUGGCCAUACUCCCCGAGUAGGAGGCGUUCUGUAGACCGUCAACUUAAAUACCUUAAGUCUUAGACAGGGUUAUAUACCGGUUGAGUUUGUUAUCCAGGUUUUAUAAGAAAACGACCUAUUUUAACUAUUAAAACAAGUUAUUAACCUACGUGAACAUGCAACUU